UUAAAUCUCGCGUCACUUGACUUGAACAAACACCUUGACAAAAUUGGACCCAAGAUGCCUCGCAUACCACCCACGUACGCCGACACCUUCUACGAGCCUCUGACCGAGGACGUGGAGGCUCUCCUCUGCCGUUUCCAGAACGCCGACUCGAUCCGCGUGGAGUGCUUCACGGCCCUUUGGAGGGAAGCCCGCUUUCAGGACGUCUUCUUGGGCAUCCCUAGCAUGAGCGAGAUGAAGAAGUUCUGCCGGGUGACCAUGGCCACAGCGGUCAAGUAUUUUCUACCACCCUACUGUUACCAGAUUCGGGUCGGUGGGCUGUAUUUUAUGUACGCCUUCUACAACACGCAGCUCGCCGUCCCUCCGGUGCGGAUCCGCCUGACCCUCCAGAACUGGGACAACGUGCAAGAUUUCUUGCGGGACUCUGUCCUUAACGGCCACUUGGACGUGAUUUAUGUAUAUCGGAAGCUGGUCUCCGCUAGGGCGUUGGAAUAUACUGCCAUGCCGCAUUUCCUCGUCUUCCAUCGGGCUAAAAAGGCCAAGGGCCAGAAGGUGUGCGCCGGAAUGUUGGCCAGAGCCACCGCGGUGAAGGAGCUGCUUUCUGAGGACUACUUGGAGGAGGUCGCCAACGUCCAGAACCACUACUACGAGAUGAAGAACGAACUGAUCGAGGUCCGUCUGCAGGCCAACAUGACCCAUGCCGACUUUGACUGCCGCCUCAAAGACUCUUUGAAUGAGUUCCUCACAUGGCAGCAGAAGACUUUUAACCAAGCAAACAUCACCAAUGAAAAUGAGGAUAAACCCACCGUGGAGGAGGACUGCCGUAGCCGGGCCGCCAUGCUGGCCUCCAUCAAAAAGAGGAGCUACGGGCAAGGGACCUCCAAGUCUAGGGGACCCUGCCAGGAAGUGGCGGCGGAGUCGUCCAGCUCGGGUCGCAACAAGAAUGGCAGACCCCUGUCGCUAAGAGCCCGCACUUGGAACACUCUUGGGAAGAACAAUGAAAAAUCAGACAUGCAGCUGGGGCAUUUGAGUGGGCACGACCAGAAACAGGUGUCAUUGCAACAAAAGAAGCGGCUUCAGUGCUACAAGCAAUAGAUUGUCCAUAUGCACUUAGCUGUUGGAUUAUAUUUUUUGUUUUUUGUUGAUAAAAUGUGUAAAUACCCCUAUUUCUAUUAAAUUUUGAUGCUAAAAAUGCUCAGUAUGUUGUCAAUUUAUCAAUGCCAGAAAUUAUUUCAAGUAAAAAUUGAAUGAAAAUUUUGUAUUGCUCGGGGUUUUAUCAUCCAAAAUGUGUUCAAGUUAAAUGAG